AUGUCUGCCCCUCCGCCCGGCAUCUACGUGCCCAUCCCAACCUUCUUCGCGGCCCGCGCCUCGGCGGCCUACAACCCCACCACCCCGCCGCUCGACCACGGCACGCAGGCCGCGCACGCCGUGUACCUCGCGCGCGCGGGCAUCGCCGGCCUCGUCGUGCUCGGCAGCACGGGCGAGGCGGUGCACAUUCACCCGCGCGACCGCCGGGCGCUUCUGGCCGGUCUCCGCGGCGCGCUCGACGAGGCCGGGUGUCCGGAAUACCCGCUCAUCGCGGGCACGGCGACGAACAGCGUCGAGGAGACGGUCGAGCAGCUGCGCGAUGCGAAGGACGCAGGCGCGCAAUGGGGCAUGGUGCUCGUGCCGGGGUACAAUGCGCCGGUGACGCCGCAAGAAGGCAUCGUGGCGUGGUUCCGCGCCGUGGCGGACCAGAGCCCGAUUCCGAUUCUGGUAUAUCACUAUCCGGGCGUGUCCAACAUGGUCAAGGUCACGCCCGCUACUUUUGCGACGCUCGCGCAGCAUCCCAACAUUGUCGGCUGCAAGCUCUCCCACGGGGACGUCUCGCAGCUCACGCAGAUUGCGUCCAACCCGGCCAUUGACGGGAGCAUGUUUCGCGUCUUUACAGGGCUGGGUCAGCAGCUGCUGCCGGUGGUGAGCGUGGGCUGCGGCGGCGCCAUUGACGGCUCGGCGGGCUUCUUUCCCAAGGCGCUGGUCAGGCUGUUUCACCUGUCCAGUCAACAGACGCUGUCCGAGGGAGAGCUGAGCGAGCGGAGGCUGCUGCAGUACCGCGUGAGCUGCAUGGAGGAGAUUGUGGUCAGGUUUGGGAUUCCGGGGAUCAAAGAGGCCAUUAGUCGCCUGCGAGGCUUUGGGGACAAGGAUGGCACGAGGCUGCCGCUUGCGGGGGGACUGCCCGGUGGUGAUGCGGAAUGGGCAAACUGGAAGUGCGUCUUGGAUGACAUGGAAGAGCUGGAAAAGGCGCUAUAA